AUGGGAGCUAACAAGUUUGCAAGCAUGUUACACAGAAACACCAACAAGAUGACUCUUGUUCUCAUUUAUGCAGUCUUGGAAUGGACUUUGAUAGUACUACUUCUUCUCAACUCUCUUUUUUCCUAUCUGAUAAUCAAGUUUGCAGAGUAUUUUGGUCUAAAACCACCAUGUUUAUGUUGUUCUCGAGUUGAUCAUUUGUUUGGUCAUGGAAAAAACAGGAACAUACAUAGAGAUCUUCUUUGUGAGGUUCAUGCCACUGAGGUUUCCAAAUUGGGAUUCUGCUCAAAGCAUCAAAGGCUAGCUGAAUCACAAGAUACGUGCGAGGAUUGUGGUUUUCAUGGUGUUUCUGAUAAUUUCGCCUUUUUUCUUAAAAUGAUAGAAAAUGUAAAGGAAAUGACACUGGAAAAUGGUGGUGAGGUGGCUUUGAAUUGUUCUUGCUGUGGUGUGAGCUUGGAGACCAAGUUUUCAACUCCUUAUAUGUUGAUCAAACCUGAUUUGGAAUAUACACACAAAGGGAAUUUAAUCAUUGAGGCUAAUGAUCUUUUCGAAAAAGGUGAUAACUUGGAUCAAAACAGAUCGGAUGAAGAUAAAAUCGAGAAAAAUGGUGACAAUCAGCUACUUUCUUCUGAUGUUAAAAAGUUGGAAGGUGAAAAAGUACAUUUAGUUCUUGAAGGAGUGACUGAAUACAUUGAGGAGAAAUACAAAAAAAAGAUGUUGAAAGAUGAAGGUUGUGAGAUUGAGGAUGCAGCUCCCCCUCAGCAUCUGGAAUUCUUCAUUGAUUGCAGUGGUCAUAUGUUGGUCCCCGUCAAAUUAAUCCAUCAAGAUGUCAAGGAAGAGGUUAAAGCAGUUGUGGAGGAAGAGGCUGAAAUUUGUUUGGGAGGGAGUGAGAGGGAGCCUGAAUUUGCAGUUGUUGAAUCUAUGGAUAAUGAUUUGAUUUUCUAUGCCAAAGAAUGCCAGGAGGUUUAUGAACAAUUUGCCAACGCUGAAGAAGCAUCUACAUAUCACCAAGUUCAAAUUCUUGCAGCUAAGGAAAGGGAAGAAGAGAAAGAGGAAAAUUCAGACGUUUCACCAGAAGAAAUGCCAAACAAUGAAACUGACGGAGAAGUGUCAAUUGGGACUGAAAUUCCUGAUUUGGAUCAAGCAGAUGAAGCACUUACUUCAUAUAUACAUGAAGAACCUUCCAGAAAUUCUGCUCAUUUCCAUCAAGUACAAGUUCAUAGUAAUUUUGUUACCUCUUUGCAGCAAGGAAUCUGUCAUAAAGAAGAUGAAGUAGAAUUGAGAACAUUAUCAGUUGAUUUGAGUGGACAUAUGAUGAACAACCAGUCCUCAAUCUGUUCCAGCUUAAAUGAAGAUAAAGUUCACGAUACACCAGAUAGCUUCCAUCAGUUACACCCGAAGAAAGAUUCAGAUUCUCUGGAUGGAAGUGAGUUAGAGAGUGGAGAUACAAUUUCAACAGUCGAACAUCUGAAAUCAGCAUUAAAAGCUGAGAGGAAGGCUUUACAUUCUCUGUACACGGAAUUGGAAGAAGAGAGAAGUGCUUCUGCUGUGGCUGCAA